AUGACUAAAAAAUCGUUUUUCAUUAAGCUUAUAAUUUUUAUAUCCCAAAUGUGUCUAUUAUUUAUUUUGCUUGUAUUUCUAUUUUAUACCGACAAAGUGUGCUUUGACAAUGAUGAUAAGGAAAUCAAAGGAUUAUGCUACAAAUUUGUUUCCCAACAGAUGACAUUCACUGAUGCUCGUAAUUGGUGUCAUUAUCAGAAUCCAGUCACUUCAUCUUAUUUAGCAUAUGUUCCUGAUCAGCACACCAAUAGUUUUUUGGCAUCACACGCCCGCUCUGUUUUCGGAACAACCGAUGGAAGUUUUUGGAUUGGUUUGAGUCGAAACAGUUCCUCAGAUUCCUUUACAUGGGAUAACGGAAGUCCGGUGGCUUUUACUAACUUUGUUACUCAACUGGACCAGGAUUAUAUAGUUGAAGACAUAGUAAACACAAAAUGGAAUUCAUUUCGAGAGAGUGAUAAGAACUUCUUUGUGUGCAGUUAUAAUCCUGCUGCUCCACCAACUUUCGCACCUCCAACUAUUUCAACGACUCAGGAAGUACCUGUGACGCAAAAUAAUUCUUGCAAACCAAAAAGAGAUCAAGCGACCCUUCUUUUCGCAUACUCAAAUGAUUUGGAUCCACAGGUGGUUAAAAAUACAUGGGACAUGCUGUUCCAUGACCGCACCUACUCACGUUUUGCGAUUGCAAGAUUUGAUGUGCGUAACCAAGAAGCAAUUGCAUAUUUCCUAUUUUUCGAGUUUGCAAAGUCAUAUUUGUAUUCCCACCUCCCUGAUUCCAGUUUAGGAUUUGGCGACAACACAACUGGAAGUGAUUCUUUUAAAACUAUAGAAAAGUUCUACAACAAUCAAGAAGCACCCGUCUGUGGAUCAGUUUGCCUUAUUCUUGAAAAACGUUACCCCAAUGAUGAGGACAUUUCGAAGACAGUUUCACUUGUUCGGUAUUAUCAUGGAAUCGUUUACGCCGUUUCUUCCAUUAAUCCAUCAGGAGGGACUCAGUCCAAAGCAAUAUACAAUCUGACGUCUAGAACUAAUGGAAUAUGUAAUUUUGGAACAGAAAACUAUGCUGGAAAGUUAAUAGAUCGUGUACCAAUGUCCUCUCUUUCGUAUGUAAUUUACUGUGCAAAUCCAGUGGUAUCUGGACAAAACAUCAUAGAAUUACCGCCAAUGACCGUUCCAUUCGAAGAUGUAUAUUGGAUAACCCUUGUAGUGCAAGAUCACGGACCGAGUGACUUUUUCGUGUCUUCCAAUCUUUCAUGGUCCAAUGAUAAAGAAGGUGGCGAUGACUUGCCAGCUAACUCAACUAGUCCGGAUAUUCUCUUCUUGGGUUCAUGGUACAACUUUAGCCCUGCGGUUUAUAGCAUGAAACUAGGGUAUAGCUACUCUAACAACAAUAAAGAAGCAUUGCAAGUCAGGGUGUUUCGUGCAAACCAAUUCAGACCAAAUGCCGAUUGGCUACCCUAUUGUGACUAA